GCAAGUGCCAAAAGUUUUUUGUAUCCAUAUAUGUCUGAUCUCCAAGACCUGAACGCUCCCUACGACCCUUUUGCCGAUGUUGGCGAAGAUGAUAAUGGAGCUCAGCCUACUGGGUACAUUCACAUUCGUAUCCAACAACGCAAUGGUCGCAAAACCGUAACUACCCUCCAGGGUCUUCCCAAGGAAUACGAUGCUAAGAAAAUCUUGAAGAAGUUCAAGAAAGACUUUGCCUGCAACGGCACAGUCGUCGAAGUUGAGGAGAUGGGUCAAGUUCUUCAAUUGUCUGGUGACCAGAGAAUAAAAAUUGCUGAAUUCCUUGUGUCUGAGGACAUUGCCAAGAAGUCUGAUAUCAAGAUUCACGGUUUCUAAACAUCAUCUAGAUAUCCAAAUAUGACUCGGGUGCAAUUCCCAAGAACCCAAUUUGUACUU